CUUUUGUUGCACACGGUUUCAUAGCUGUGACUGCACUGGUUUCUGCAUGAUCAGUACGUACCGGUAGGUAAACAAUAUAAACUACAAUCACUUCCCGAGUUACCGUACAUGAACCAGUAAGAAAACUACAGAAUGUCUGAAUGCAAACGUAGCCAGAAGAGAGUUGCUAUCUGGAGUGUAGCACGCUCCCUGUCUACAGUUUUUGUACGCUCUCUCUCCCAAGUGCCAGAUUCCAUCGUCCUUUUUGAGGAAUUUACAUCUGCCCUUUUAUACGCUACCGGGACUUUUGAGUCAGCAAAGGCCGUCUACGAGCAGCCCCGGGAAGGCAAGUCUCUGGUUCUUGGCAAGGACAUGGGUUUUACAAUGUCAGGGAAGUUUGAGAUGGUACCUGAAGGAUAUCAGCACAUCUUCUUGGUCAGGCAUCCUGCUAAAUCCAUCCCGUCACUAGAAGCGCUUCUUGCACCUCUUCCAAGGGAGCAAAAAGAGUUUUACAUCGGGCUGAAUCAAUACAAGCCUCUAUUUGACCUCCACAGACAUGUGACAAGCAAGCUUGACCAGCAGGUUACUAUUCUGGAUGCUCAAGACCUGAUUCAGAACCCAGAGAAGACCAUCCAGACUCUCUGCCAAAUCCUUGGACUGCCCUUCAGCGAUCGACUUCUGACUUGGGAUCCUAUCGAUGGGAAACCGAGCAACUGGAUAAUGUCCUCUGCUAUGUGGGAGGACUGUGAGUCACUCGGCUGGAUGAACAAUUGUCUGAGAAGCACUGGUUUUAUUAAGCCCGCAAAGCAGCAGAACACAGACGGGGAAGUCGGAAAGUACCCGCUGACGCCAGAGAUUGAGAAGAUGAUUGAAGAAGCUCUGCCAUACUAUCAAGCACUAUGGGAGCUACGCAUCAAGCUUGAUGAAUGCAAUUAGAGGCUCCACACUACAGAGUGUACAACUUGAAAAGUUGCCAUUACAAUCUAUUAAACCAUUGCUAUGACGUCACACCUAUUGUUAAAAGUGUGAAUUCGGAACUACAAAUCUGUUACGAUUUACAAUGACUGGAUAUGGAAUAAGCUCUUGUUGUUGUUGUUGUUUUUUACUCUGUGUCUCUCUUUUAUUGUUUCUGGGGGUUUAUUUUAUAUCAUAUGUUUUUCUCUGGUGUUGCCCUUUUUAUCUAUAAUUGGAAUAUUUUUAUUUUUUUGUAAUUUUGGAUUCGUGUACCGGUAGGCCUAUUUUAAAUACUAAACUUUAAAAAAUUCCUUCUUCUAAAAAUAAUGUAUGUAAUUUUAAACUAACCGGUGUUUAAUGUAUUUUCCUGUAAUUGGCUGUUUCGGCAACUGGCCGGAUUGAGGCAGUGGUCACCCCUCCAAGGACCACAGUCAAGAAAUAACAGAUGAUUUUGCAGGAUUUAUCGAGGCUGUAUGCUAAAUGAAUUUUUACAUGGAUGCAGUUGGAGGAUUUUGCAGGAUUAAGGUUGCAUCCUAGCAAAAAUGUCUAAAGAGCCU